AAUUAAUAAAUGGCCAAGAAAAUAAUCGUGACGCACCCAAACACUCCGAUAACUCCCCCUUAAAUAUGCAACCUCGCCUGAAACCAACUCCGCAAACUACCACUCUCCAUGGGGAUGAGCGACCUCCUCUUUUCAGUCUCCUCCCUCGCAGUCACGUGCACGCGAUGCGUGUCACGUGCUGCGAGGAGGAUGCACGCGAGCCCGAGCUUGGCUAAGCUUGGGCUCGUGAAGAAGAAGAAGAAGAAGGCUGCGACCAUGGUCAGAUCGAUUCUCACGCGAGGGGUUAGUACUGUUCCGUUUUUCGACAAGAGGCGGGCAAAGUCCGCGGAUGGUGAUGAAGAGAGCAGCAAAGUCGGCGACGAGUUUGACGAUGAUGACGGAGUUUGGCGGCGGACUAUAUUGAUGGGGGAGAAGUGCCAGCCGUUGGAUUUCUCCGGUGCGAUCCACUACGAUUGCUACGGGAGGCAGCUCGAGGACUGCCCCUUGCCGCGGUCGCCGCUUCGGAGUGCGAAGGUUUCGUUUGCCUACCACACUGCAGAAGCUGAUUGAGGUCUAAUUUGAAAAUGCCUUGUGUAGAACACAACUGGCUGGUUAAUAUUUUAAUUUUUCGAUUAUUAUUUUUUUUUAGAUUUGUUCUUCUUUUUAUGGCCCGAAAGUGCAGUUAACUCCCCAAGAAUCUUUAUUGGAGAACCAUCCGGUGAUGACUAGAUGUUUUUUUUUUUGGUGAAUU